UCGAAGAAAAAUGUAUAUGCAAUUUAAAAAAUUUAAAUAUGCGCGCGCAUGGAAUGUUAUUUCCACCAAUAACGUCGAACAUGAGUAUAGACGCAUUCUCCUGAGUAGCCGGCAACGUCGCGUUGUUUCUCUCGCGCACAGCUGAUGCUUGACUGACGUCAUAGAAACAAAGCCAUGCGCGGUCGAUCGUGCGACCGCGAAAGAAAGCGCACGGUCCUGGCCGCGAUCGCGUCGAGAAAACGCGUGACGUUUACUCGUAGCGUUGAGGGUACCUCUCGUAGCCACUUUUUUCGCCAAAGAAAUAACUACGACGACGACGACAAUAACAACAAGGAGAGACGAGCCGGUGUUGUUCAGUGUGUUUCGCGUAGGCGAACGUGACCAAGCUAUCCUGUCUUUCACCGAUUCUCUCUCUUUUAACUCUUCCUUCUUAUCUCUCUCUCUUUUUCUUUCUCACGUACUCUUUCUGUCAUCCUCUCUUUCUUUAUUUACAAAAGUUGAUUAUCAAAGUAAAAUAAUAAAAAAGAACCAGUAUGCCGUUCAUAUCGAAGGAUUGGCGUAGUCCUGGUGAAGAAUGGGUUAAAACGGUCGAAGGAUGGGAAAAGAAAAAGAUCCUCGAGUGUGCGAAUAAUAAGACGUUGUCACUUCUACUUCGAGGUGAAAAAGAUGCUGGAGACAAGAAGGAGAAGGAUAGAAAGAAAGAAAACGCCGUCCAACCGCAUUGCCACAUCACGUUGAAGUGCACACGUGAGAUCGCUGGUUUUAAUGGAUUAAGUGACGCUCUGAAGAGACUAGACUUUCUAUCGGCGGUACAUGACUGUCGUCGAUUUAAUUACAUCGUAAGACUUUUGGAUCUUCUAGUUAGUCACAGAAUGGGUGGUUUGAGUGGCUGUGCUCAACGAGUCCUUUUUAAUAUGUUAGAGGAAGUAGCGCUGGAAGUAUCCUUAUCGCAACAACAAACUGGAAGAUUAAGACGAUUAAUCGAAAGAGUUAGAGCAUUCAGUGCUGGAUGUUGUUGGGGUGGAAGACCUCUAGGCUCAGUAAUCUUAUGGGAAAAACAUAAAGCAGCUUUGGAAAGGAUUUUACAAAUUGCCUCGUCUAUCACUAUAACUCAGCCAGACGAGGAGCAACAACCACAAUGGUCGGAUUUGCCAGCAGAAUGUCGCAGAGAAAUUCUUCUUCGAUUAAGCGAUCCGCAGGACAUCGAAGCUUCAUCAGAAGCAUGCGAACAUCUCGCAGUUUUAGCUCAAGAACAAAGAAUAUGGCGAGAACUGGCGCAGUAUCAUUUUACUCCACAACAAAUAGCUACUACCAGGCAAAAUAAUCCAGGGAAAGAUUGGAAGACUAUAUUUACUAUCGCUAGGAGGUCAUUCGGUUUGCGAGAAGAAUACGCAGAAAUGAUACAAUUAUGCCGCAAUUGUCGUUGUUUAUUUUGGAGAUCCUUGGGCCAUCCAUGUAUUGCUGAUCAGGAUCCAGCAUUUCAAGAGAAGUUAGCCGAUGUAGAUCAAGCUUCUCUUCAUGUUCCGAUACCGCCUCAAACUUUCCUUAAAUUUUUUUCACUAUGAAAGCUUUUCGUUAAGUAUUUUAUAAAGAAAAUAAUAGAUAUGCGGCAGUAUAUGCGUUCAUAUCCGUAGAAUAUGUCUGUGAAUAAGAUUUAAAAAAAGAAGA